GCAAAUGAUACCUUCUAUUCAUGAUCAUUUUUAUUGAGUAAUAUAACAGAAUAAACCAAGACAAAACACAACCCCGACAAAUUACAGAAAGACACAAUCAGAAAAACCACACAAUACUAGGAGACAAUCUUUCUCCUUCCCGCCCGUCAACCCCUAUACUCGACAACCUAGCUAGGCGUCCCACACCCGCCACAGGCCUGCCUAGCCCAGUGGUUUAUCCGUCCGCAAGCAUAGCACGUCCAGGUCCUCCCUCCACCGUCGUGGGAUGAGUGCGCUGGCGCCGACAAGGCGACGGGUGUCCACGUUGUCGUCGUCGUCCUCGUGAUGACUUCCUUCGUCGUCUGCUGGACCACCAUAAGCGGCGGAGCAUCGACAGACCUAGGCGCCCUCGUAGGCGCCACAGCUACACAUGCAGCCGCAGCAACAGGCCUGCUCGACUUCUUCGACGUCGCUGCGGGCGUACGCCGGAGCGUCUGUCGGAGCGUCUGUCGGAGCGUCUUUCCCCCCAUGGGGGCACCGACGGUCGAUCCCCUCGACGGGACGGGAUCGCUGGGCCGCACACUAGCCGCCCGAGAAACAGUGGAUGGGACAGGCUGUCGGAGCGUCUGUGGGAGCGUCCUGGCUCCCCAGAUACUGCCGCUCGAUCCCCGCGACGGAACGGGAUCGCUGGGCCGCACACUAGCCGCCCGAGAAACGGCGGAUGGGGCGGGCUGUCGGAGCGUCCUGUCCCCUAUGGAUGCACCGACGCUCGAUCCCCGCGACGAGACGGAGUCGCUGGGCCGUAGAGUGGUCGACGACACCCACGAGGCGGUGCGGGCAGCCGAGGAUGAGGACGAGGACGAGGCGAUUGGCUUCUCCUCGAUGAAUCCCAUUGCGCGUGAAGCGGCGAUUGCGGCGUGGGAGCGGUUGUCGAUGUUGAUGAGGUUCAGUUGGAACAUUGUUUUGGUGUGGUGUGGUGUGGUGGAUUGGGAAGGUGGUGGUUAAAGGUUAAGGGGGAUUAUUGGUACUCGUACUUGAGUCUUGGUUAUAAGAGUAUCAGUUGAUAAGUC